AUGAUUCGCAGGCCUUUAACGGAAAUAACAUUAAAGCUCGAUGAUUUACAAGAAUAUGAAGCCUUUAGACGAGAUCAAGCUAAUAAUUCAGCCAUAAGUAAUGAAAUGCAGGAAGAUACACCUAAGUCUUUAGCUGGAGGGACAAAAACUACAGAAGAAAUACAUAACAGAAUCGGCUAUGCUCCUAAAAAAAAGCCAAGUGGACCAAGUACAGUU